AUGCCCGCCAUCAGAACCGCCAAGAACAGGAAGCCGCCUCCAGAUGGCUUCGAAGACAUCGAAGACACCCUCCUCGAGUUCCAAAACAAGAUGAAGGACGCCGAAAACGCCUCCCACGAAGGCAAGAAGAAGCACGAAAUGCAGUGGCCAAUUUUCCAGAUCACGCAUCAACGCUCCAGAUACAUCUACGACCUCUACUACGAAAAAGAAGCCAUCAGCAAGAAACUCUACGAAUGGCUUUUGAAAAACAACUACGCCGAUGCGAACCUCAUCGCGAAGUGGAAGAAGCAAGGGUAUGAAAAGCUCUGCUGUCUCCGCUGCAUCCAAACCAAAGAAACGAAUUUCAACAGCACAUGUAUCUGUCGCGUACCUCGCGAACAGUUGAAAGAGGAUCAAGAGAUUCAGUGCGUGGGCUGUGGGUGUCGGGGUUGUGCGAGCAGUGAUUGA